GCGCACUCGAAAACAUCAGAGAACACGAGAAGUGGCUUACAGCUGCAACUAAACUAAAAACACAGACGCACCUGCAGUUCUUUGGGCUACUAUUUAAGAAACCAGAAGGGAAAUUCUUUUUUUACCAGAACUUUCAAUUGCAGAUAUCUAAGGUAAAAAUUAUCUUGAACUGGAAAGGGUUAUUUCUUGUGAAAGGAAGAUUAAACCACCGCGCCUGAAAAGAAUCUAUUAAAAAAAAUACCUGCAGCAAAAAGCGAACCAGGUAGCUUUUUAAAAAAAAUACAUUUACGUCUCUCUUGAAAGAACAGAACACAAAUAAGUUAAUGAGUGUGCUACACAGUCUGGAUUCUCAGUGCGCCUCACCACCAUGCAAUAUGAACUGGUCAAUGGAGCCAACCAAUUUCUACGACAGUAAGCUGAGCACUAUCCAGGUUUCCUGCAAGCCCAGCCGUGUCGGCAUGUGCGAGGAAAGCAAUCUGGCAGAAUUGAGCACCGCUCCAGCCAUGUAUGACGACGAGAGCGCAAUCGACUUCAGCUCCUACAUCGACUCUAUGGCGUCAGUGCCAAACCUGGAGCUGUGCAAUGACGAACUCUUCGCUGACCUUUUUAACAACAGCGUCAAGCAAGAGAAAGUGGACUUUAACUACUUGACCAGCACAGCGCCAGGCGCCUUUGCUGCCAGAGAUAAGCUGCAUCAAAGCGUGACAGGUGGGUUCAACGCGCCAAUUAAGCAGGAGUCGGACUGGAGUGAUAGCGACAUGUCUUCUUCAUCUCUACCCUCACAGAUUGAAAACUGCGCACAGACCAUCAUGAGCCUGCAGACCGGACAGCCCACCCCACCGACUACACCAGAGCCACAUGCAUCGCUUACCACCUCCAGAAAGGUAGGCAAAGGAAAGGGCAAAAAGAACCAGGAUAGGUACAGCCCGGAGUAUCGACAGAGACGGGAGCGAAAUAACAUCGCUGUCAGAAAAAGCAGAGACAAGGCAAAACACCGCAACUUGGAAAUGCAGCAUAAGAUGCUUGAGCUAGGCGCUGAGAACGAGCGAUUGCAUAAAACCAUCGAUCAGUUAAGCAGGGAGCUGACCAGCCUCCGAAAUUUCUUCAAGCAGCUGCCCAGUUCCUCUUUUUUGGGCUCCACGAGUAUCGAAUGUCGGUAACCUGCGAGCGGAAAUGCUAAGAGACUUGUUUUAGACACGAUACCUCAAGGAGACACAAAUAUCAAAUCAGAACUUUUGCAAAACGCCUGUAGCAUAGUACUGUAAAACAGUUACACCAAAUAAACUAAGUGGCAUUGAAAAGGGGUAAAAAAGCAUACAUUUUUUCUAUAUGAAUUGUACUGAAGAAACGGGAUACCCCUACAGAAGCCACAAAAAAAAAAAAAAACAGAAA